AUGCCGCGUAGAAUGGAUAUUUCUUCGCUCCUUUGUGAAGACACUUCGUAUUCCACCGUCGCUAGCGUUGAUGGAACUGCGGGGAACGUCUCCGAUGGCCCCAGUUACACCCAUGAGGGCGCACUGGCAUCAACCAUAUUACCGGAUCAGAGACAACACACUCCUACCAAUCAUCUCUUUCAAUUGUGUGAUAAACAGAUGAAAUCAAGAGACCGAGAUGAUGUGGGUAGAGGCUCGCCGCAGCAGCACAAUCCAUCACGUUUCAAGCCUCGGUCACACUGUCCACCCUCCCUCACUAGUACACACUCGUCCCUUCACUCGCCUCUUCUAGACCAUGUACACCCUUCGUCCAGCGAAUUCAGCAACCUUCCUUCUUCAAGCAACGAUGAGCAAUUGAACGCCCUUUGUACAGCUCCUGGAUGCUCAUCCAAUGCUCCGCUCGACGUCGAGUCAUCUCCAGCGGGCUCGAUACAUUCACUCCCUUAUCCCUCUUUCAUGGAAUACCAGUCCACUUUUGGUUUCAAUUGCACCACUGUAUCAUCUUCAUCCGUUAUUCCAUUCUCAUCCAUCAACUCUAGCCCCAAAAACGUAAAUCUGGAAGCACUUACUCGACCUGUACCAGAAGAAACAAGUCGAUUUAGCGCAGGAUUGUCGAGAGGCGAGAUUUUCCCUGUAUUGUCUUCACUACCAUACAAGACCGCAGCGAUAUCUACUUGCCGUCCUGCAUCUGGGCAAGACACCCAUCCCCUGAGCUUUCGCAAGCUAUUUUCGGAGUCCCACCCGAAGCCCUUCUUGCAUGCAAUGGAGGAACUGGUUGAAUCGUAUGCGCUAACGCAGGAUGAACAACGCAUGUAUUCUUUGCCACCGAGAUGUCUCGAUUCAACUGACAUCAGAAAUUGCGGUCCGCGAAAUACCAAGUCAAUAGGACAUCAUCCGGCCAUUGGUAUAAGAGCUGCGCCUACCUCAGUUGAAUUUGAAGUAGAGGAACACAUGUCGUGCUUUGGCUCUUUCAAACGUUCGGCACCCACGUGUGUCACACCAGUUUCUUCCCAACCUAUGUGUAGGAAGCUUGAUCGUAACGUGUCUUUGCCGGAGUAUGGAGCAGACGGUUGCUGUCAUCAAGUGGAUAAUGACGAAAAAAAGGAUUCGUCUAACGCAUGCGCCGUACUGAUGUCUAACCUAGUAUAUAGGACCACGAUCCGGAGGAGACAAUGGAAUGCCAAAGAUUUGUCCGUGGCCGACAACUCCAUGGAUAGCAUUGGCUGUGGGGUAUCUUGUGACGCAAAAACUGUAAGGGAUACGGAAGACGAUGGAGAUAAUAAACUAUAUUGUAUAUGCAAUACACGAUAUGAUGAAGAUAGAAUUAUGAUUGCCUGUGAUCGGUGUGAUGAAUGGUACCAUUCUUCAUGUGUGGGCAUGACAGACUACGAAGUAGAUCUUGUUGAUCAGUUCAUAUGCCCACUCUGCAUUCGAAGAAACCCCAAUCUACCUUUGGGCACAACUUAUCAACAACGUUGUCUCUUUGGUCUUGAUGACGAUGAUCCCUCAUCUCCAAGCGCAUGCCAUAAACCUGCUCGGGGAGUAUUUUCAAAAUAUUGUUCAGAUCACUGUGGCAUCAAGUACAUGGAAAAGCGCCUCUUGGAAUGGGACGGGAAGGAUGGCAGAGGUCACAAACUAUGGGACAGAGUAAGAUUUAUCGCCCACUUUGAGGGUGUUAGCGGUCGACUUCAUGAGGGCGCCGCAGCAGUGGAGAAUCUUGCGUAUGGAAAACUGAAGAGUACUGCCAAGUGCAUAGAACUACUUAGUUCUAGACUCAAACAAGUGGUCAGAGAUAAGGAAAUAACGAAACGAGAUAUGGAGGUGGUAAUGUGGCGGGAGAAACUCGUCGGCCUGGCCGCGAAACGUGCGGAAAAAUUCGAUCAGUGCGGUUGGGAUCAACGACUCUGCUUUGGAGAAGAAGAAUGGGCAUCUCUUGGGGAAGAAGCUUUGCAAAGUUAUGACGAAGAAUAUGAAGAUAUUUCGAGUAAAGAGCAACACUGUGCGGACGAUGGUGCAUGUGACUCAGAUGCUGCGGGAAAUACUAGUAGGCCAGAAUGGUGGUGCUCCAGGAGAAUCAAGUGCGACCGUCAUGUUGGGUUAGUAGACGAGCUUGAUAAUCUUCUGAUGACCGUUGCUAAAUCUACGAUUAAAGUUGGCAAAAGCUACGCACUGCUGAAAUAUCUUGCGAAAGAGAGCUCAAUAAAGGUAUAUUCUUAG